CGAAGCACGACGUAGCCGGAAGCUGCUGGCGGCCGGUGGGCGACCAGCGCGGCUGUGCGGCACCGCGGCCGGGCGCGACCCCGCCGGACCCCGGCCCGAUCCGGGUCCUGCCCGCCUCAUCAGCAUCAUGGCCAGCCCAAGAACCAGGAAAGUUCUUAAAGAAGUCAGGGCACAAGAUGAGAACAACGUUUGUUUUGAGUGCGGCGCAUUCAACCCUCAGUGGGUCAGCGUGACCUAUGGCAUCUGGAUCUGCCUGGAGUGCUCGGGGAGACACCGUGGGCUUGGGGUGCACCUCAGCUUUGUGCGCUCUGUUACUAUGGACAAGUGGAAGGACAUCGAGCUGGAGAAGAUGAAGGCUGGCGGGAAUGCCAAGUUCCGGGAGUUCCUGGAGUCACAGGAGGAUUACGACCCCUGCUGGUCCCUGCAGGACAAGUACAGCAGCAGAGCUGCUGCGCUCUUCAGGGAUCAGGUGGCCACGCUGGCUGAAGGCAGAGAGUGGUCUCUGGAGUCAUCACCUGCCCAGAACUGGACCCCGCCUCAGCCCAAGAUGCUAUCAUCCACUGCCCACCGACCCUCUGGUCAGCCACAGAACGUGACAGCCUCUGCAGAUAAGGCUUUUGAAGAUUGGCUGAAUGAUGACCUCAGCUCCUGUCCAGGGGCUCAGGAGAAUCGCUACGUGGGGUUCGGGAACACAGUGCCGCCUCAGAAGAAGGAAGAUGAUUUCCUCAACCAUGCUAUGUCAUCCUUGUACUCGGGCUGGAGCAGUUUUACCACGGGAGCCAGCAGGUUUGCUUCUGCGGCUAAAGAGGGUGCUACAAAAUUUGGAUCCCAAGCAAGUCAAAAGUUUUGGGGCUACAAGCAGCAGCCUGAGCCGGCUUCGGAGCUAGGCCACAGCCUGAACGAGAACGUCCUCAAGCCUGCGCAGGAGAAGGUGAAAGAGGGAAGGGUUUUUGAUGAUGUGUCCAGUGGGCUCUCUCAGUUGGCAUCCAAGGGAGUUGGCAGUAAGGGGUGGCGAGACGUCACCACCCUCUUUUCUGGGAAGGCAGAAGACCCCUCUGACAGACCCCUGGAGGGCCACAGCUACCAAAACAGCCGUGGGGACACCUUCGCAAGUGGCACCAUAGACCAGAGCUUCUGGGAGACCUUUGGGACCACCGAGCCCCCCAAGGCCAAAUCCCCAAGCAGCGACAGCUGGACCUGCGCAGAUGCCUCCACAGGGCGGAGGAGCUCGGACAGCUGGGAUGUGUGGGGCUCGGGCUCCGCUUCAAACAAGAACAGCAACAGCGACGGAUGGGAGAGCUGGGAGGGUGCUGGUGGUGAGGGCAGGGCCAAGGCCACCAAGAGGGCAGUGCCGUCUGUGGCAGCAGAUGAUGGCUGGGACAACCAGAACUGGUAGGGCCCUCAGCCCAGGUCCCAGCCCCACCAGGGCGACUGCUGUGUUUGCACUUUGCCCUCACCCUAGUUCCUCCUUCCCCUUGACCCAAGAAACAGCAGCCACAGCACAAA